GAGCGGCCCAGAAGGAAAGCGGAGGAACAGAAAAAGGAGGCCCCCCUGGCCGGGCAGCGGCACCCCAAGCCACCCACCAUGGCGCUGGGCUUGGAGCAGGCGGAGGAGCAGCGGCUGUACCAGCAGACGCUCCUGCAGGACGGGCUCAAGGACAUGCUGGACCACGGCAAGUUCCUCGACUGUGUGGUGCGGGUAGGCGAGCGCGAGUUCCCGUGCCACCGCCUGGUGCUGGCCGCCUGCAGCCCCUACUUCCGGGCGCGCUUCCUGGCCGAGCCCGAGCAGGCCGGCGAGCUGCGCCUGGAGGAGGUGUCCCCGGACGUGGUGGCCCAGGUGUUGCACUACCUGUACACGUCGGAGAUCGCGCUGGACGAGGCGAGCGUGCAGGACUUGUUCGCAGCAGCGCACCGCUUCCAGAUCCCGUCCAUCUUCACCAUCUGCGUGUCUUUCCUACAGAAGCGCCUGUGCCUCGCCAACUGCCUGGCCGUCUUCCGCCUCGGCCUCCUCCUCGACUGCGCGCGCCUGGCCGUGGCCGCCCGCGACUUCAUCUGCGCGCGCUUCUCACUGGUGGCGCGCGACGCCGACUUCCUCGGGCUCUCGGCCGACGAGCUCAUCGCCAUCAUCUCCAGCGACGGCCUCAACGUGGAGAAGGAGGAGGCGGUGUUCGAGGCGGUGAUGCGGUGGGCGGGCAGCGGCGACGCCAAGGCGCAGGCGGAGCGCCAGCGUGCGCUGCCCACCGUCUUCGAGAGCAUACGCUGCCGCCUGCUGCCGCGCGCCUUCCUGGAGAGCCGCGUGGAGAACCACCCUCUUGUGCGUGCCCAGCCCGAGUUGCUGCGCAAGGUGCAGAUGGUGAAGGACGCACACGAGGGCCGCCUCACUGUGCUGCGCAAGAAGAAGAAGGACAAGGGGAAGGAGGCAGCCGGGUCCAAGGCUGCUGACAAGGGCACAGGCGAAGCCAAGGCACAGGAGGAGCAGGUGGAGGAGGACGAACGUAUCAUACCCGGGAUCCUCAAUGACACUCUGCGCUUUGGCAUGUUCCUGCAGGACCUCAUCUUCAUGAUCAGCGAGGAGGGAGCCGUGGCCUAUGAUCCGGCAGCCAACGAGUGUUACUGUGCUUCCCUCUCCACCCAGAUCCCUAAGAACCAUGUCAGCCUUGUGACCAAGGAGAACCAGGUCUUUGUGGCCGGGGGCCUCUUCUACAACGAGGACAACAAAGAGGACCCCAUGAGUGCUUACUUCUUGCAGUUUGACCACCUGGAUUCCGAGUGGCUGGGAAUGCCACCGCUGCCCUCGCCGCGCUGCCUCUUCGGCCUGGGAGAGGCUCUCAACUCCAUCUACGUGGUCGGCGGCAGGGAGCUCAAGGACGGCGAGCGCAGCCUGGACUCGGUCAUGUGCUACGACCGGCUGUCGUUCAAAUGGGGCGAAUCGGACCCGCUGCCCUACGCUGUGUACGGCCACGCGGUGCUCUCCCAUAUGGACCUGGUCUACGUCAUUGGCGGCAAGGGCAGUGACAGGAAGUGCCUGAAGAAGAUGUGUGUCUAUGACCCUAAGAAGUUCGAGUGGAAGGAGCUGGCACCCAUGCAGACUGCCCGCUCCCUCUUCGGGGCCACCGUCCACGACGGCCGCAUUUUUGUAGCCGCUGGGGUCACAGACACGGGGCUGACCAGUUCAGCGGAAGUAUACAGCAUCGCGGACAACAAGUGGGCACCCUUUGAGGCCUUCCCGCAGGAACGCAGCUCACUCAGCCUGGUCAGCCUGGCGGGCACCCUUUAUGCCAUCGGUGGCUUUGCCACACUGGAGACCGAGUCUGGAGAGCUGGUCCCUACAGAGCUCAAUGACAUCUGGAGAUAUAAUGAGGAUGAGAAGAAGUGGGAGGGCGUCCUGCGGGAGAUCGCCUACGCAGCCGGUGCCACCUUCCUACCUGUGCGGCUCAACGUGCUGCGCCUGACCAAGAUGUGACCAGCCCGGAGGGCCUGAACUUAGCAUCCCUCCUGUCCUGUGGCCACACAGGCCCGCCAUGUGGGGACUCCCGAGAGGAGGCUGGGAGAGGCCAGAACCCACCUGGAUCCCGUUGUGCCGCCCGGGCUGCUGCUUUGGCAGGGGAGGGAGAUUGCUGCCCAGUCCUAGCCUUUCCGGCAGGGAUGAGGAACUGAAGGGCUCAUAGGCGUCCCCAUAUCCUUGGUGUCCUUGUUCCAUGAGCCAGAACCACAGAGAGGUGUCCCAGGCAGCAUUCUGGCCCAGUCCCAGCUUGCGUGUGUGUGCGUGGGGAAAUUUCCCCACGGGAAGCCAUCUCCUUACCUGUCAGAUGGGGAGUGUCCCCCUCAAGCACACCCUGCGGCCUGGAUAAGUCACCUUCCUUAAGAAGAAUAAAGUGCCUUCUGAGCAAGUAGCUCAGGGUCUGGAAUCAGGUACUCCAAGAGUCAGUGACCAAGUGGUUGAAGAUUCUGGGCUUCAACGUUCAGCUGCUGGGCUGGCCAGGUCAGCGGCCUCUGCACUCCACACAGGUUCUCCUCCACAGUCUGUGUGCACCAAGAGCCU